UUAAGUUCUCUUUCUUGCAUGUGCAUGAAAAAAAAAAAAAGCAUCAAGCAGCCCUAAGGACUUCUUUGAGGCCAUCCAUGUCAAGACCCUGGAUCACCCACCCCAAUGCAGUCAGGGGGAUUCAUCCGGACAGUUCUACGGAGCGAACCACAAACUUGCAGAGCGCAGGAGGCAGAGAGACACUAUCCGAGUAAACAGAUCACCCCCUAGCAGUUCUGUUGCCUUUUGGACCCCGCUAGGUCCUGGAGUCGGGCGGGGAGGCGGCCCUGGGGGCGGGCCGGGGCGGGGCCGGCGGUUGACACCCUGGCGCACGCGGGCCCCUCGCAGCAGACAAUACGCCUCGCGGCUCGAGCCCUGUGGACGCCGCCGCCGUCACCACCCGCCGCCACUGCCACCGCCGGACGCGAGGUGAGCCCUCCCGCCCUUGCUGUGACCCUCGCUCCGCUGCCGGCCACCCCUCCGCCCAGCCCGAGCCCGGCAGAGAAGAAAUGUAUCAAGCAAGACCCCUCUCUAGGAACCUCUUUUUGUACACCUUCCUCCAAAACCAUGGCCCAGGCUUCCUGGACGACCAAGACUCAGGGCUUCCCGGUGUGACCAGUAUCUUGGAGUUCCACCCCAUCUCCCCCUACAGUGACAGUCCACACUACCUGGCCAUGCAGCUGGCCUCUAUUGCCGAUGAAAUGGAGCUGAGGUUGCUGCUUCCCCAGUUCGUUGAGCCCUUCUGGAUGACCAUGUACAGCUUGUUUUUCCCCUACAGCCAUGUAGGGCUCAGGGAUGUUCUGAGAAGCUUUAUGGCUGCUUUCACCAACCUUAGGGAGAACCGAAGGCUCUGGAGCUUCCUGACUCUCAGGGACCGGGUGUCGCCCAGCCUGUGGCCCGAGCUGGCGCUGUCCCUGCUGGUGGUGGCGAUGCUCAGCUGGGGAUGCCGCCUCCACUGACCGCACUGCUGGUCAGUGUGGGGGUGGGGCUGGCCCCCCCUCUCGACCACCACCCUGGCGGUGGCCCUGUUUUGGUGGUGUUGUCUUUUAACUGUUUUCUGAUGAUGCUUUUUU